AUGGCGUUCGCCGAUCCGGAACCACCGGAUCCAGCAGAAGGUAUCGCCACAACGCCCUCCAGCGACAACGCCACACCAACAUCCCUUCAGCAAUCACAACCACACCAGCAACGAGUGCGUCACGAGCAACUUGAACUCAGACGGCAGUGCGACUGCCUCACACUGCAGCAACCCGACAAGAGCGCAACAUCAGCUCUAUUAACAUUGGGUGCAUGGCAAGAUCACGUGGUUGCAGCACCUACAGUCGAUAUAUUGGAGCCAAUGAGAGAGGCUGUCGACGAUUUGGCUCGUAGCGAUGUCGCUUUGUCUGCCGGUGCUAUUUGA